ACAUGGACGCUCCGUGUCAUAACUGACAGUGUAGCGUGUGCCUCUUGGAAUAACUCUGUGUUUUUCUGGUCAGUAGUUGUUUAUUCCUUUUCACUGUGAUUCGUGUGGAUGUGCUGUGUUCCCUCAGUCAGCAGUGAGGUGACAGAAAGAGCCAGUCUCGCCUGCAUGCGGUGGAAAAGUAGUGUUCAGGGCGGUCUGUGUAACAUUCACGUUCAUGAUGAUAACUCCCGCCUUUGACCUGAGCCAAGAUCCUGAGUACUUGAUCCUCAGCAUCCGUGUACCCUACACCAGAACAUCAGAGUUUGACCUUUACAUUGAUGGAACGGAUUUCAAGUUUUAUGCCAAGCCCUACUUUCUCAGAUUAAAUCUUCCAGGAAGAAUAGUGGAAGAUGGAAGAGAAAAGGCUAAAUUUGACAUUGAUAAAGGUCUUUUCACUCUUCGGGUCCCUAAAGAGACAGCUGGGGAACACUUUGAAGGACUUCAGAUGCUGACGAGUCUGCUUGCCCCCAAGGGAUCCCGUUCAGCAAAACCACUCGUCGAAGAUUUAAGCUCUGGAUGCAGCGGAAGUGUGGGUGGCGAAGAGGAGGACGACGGCGAUGAUGAUGAAGAAGAAAUUGACUGGCAGGUUGAGCAGGAGGUGUACAAGGAGAACACUGAGGAGGAGCUGAGAGCCUUGCAGAAAUAUGGUUUUGGCAACCAGAGGUCUGGAGUCUUUGCCAGAUUACAGGAGGAACUCAGCGAUGUGAUUGAUAUCAUGAACCCAGAGGGAACAACAGCAGCAGAGAGGCGGCAGGCGAGGCUGGAAGCAGAAGCAUCUGCUUUUUCACCAGACCACUACCUUGCUGAUCUGUUUGAGGAUGAUGAAAUACAGAGAUUGCUGAAGUUCAGACCGUGGUGGGCAAAGUUGACGCCUUCACUAGAGCAGGAAGGAGAAGCUGCCGUAUCUUUCACUGACGAUGAGAAGGAGCAACUGAGAAAGUUCACCAACCGCUCUUACCUGCUGGACAAGACGUCCCGUCACCAAGCGUGGCUCAGCCUCGUUGACAUUCUGCUGGCUUACUCCUACGAAACGCGCUCCACAGAGGGAGAGCACAAUGUUGAGUCACCAUGGACAAUCAGGAAACUCAGCGGGACUCUCUGCUGGCUGGAGACGUACUGCUCCAUGCCAGAGGUGUUGGUGUCAUUUGGACGUAGAGUGUCGUGUUACCCACUCUACAGACAUUUUGCGCUGGUCUCUGCAGCCGUUUGUGACACAACUAAGAUUUUGCAGUCAGGGAAAGCCUGUGUCCUCAAAUGCCUGCUGGAUAUUCACAAAGUCUUCCGAGAGAACGAGCCAGCCUACAUACUGAACGAUCUGUACAUCACAGACUACUGCAUCUGGAUCCAGAGGGUCAAGUCCAAGAAGGUGGCAGCCUUUGCUGCUGUGUUACAAAAAGCCUCUCUGCAGAAGAAAGACUUGGAGCUGGAGCUGGAAGAACUAGAGGAGGCAGCAACUAUGGUGGUGGAGGAAGAAGGAGAAGAAGAAGCCAAAGAGCAGGGAGCUUUCAAGAGCACUUCGUUAUCCCACCGUGACAGCAGCGAUGAGUCCAGCGACAGCAGCAGCAGCAGCAGUGGCUCGUCUGAUGAGAGCGAGGAAUUUGAGGCUCAAGGGCAAGCCUGCACAGGAGGAGGAGGAGGAGGAGGAGGAGGAGGAGGAGAGAUACGUAAGGACAUCCCUCCCCAGCUGCAUCCCACCUCUGCUGUCUCUCCCAUCCCCCAGGAACAAACGAGCAUGCUCAUCUCAGCAGUGAGCAAAGUGGAGGCCCUCCCCUCGGCUCCACAAGGCACCAGACAGCUGAUCCAGGAGCUCGGGGAGCGGGUGGCAGAGGAGCUGCAAAUCUGUCAAGACUCCAGCUGCAAAGACGAGAGGAACGGUUCACAGCUGAGCGGCGCCGGAGUGGGAAAGAGUGAAGCAACAUCUGCGAGGAGCAGCAGUGGGACUUUGUUAGAGCCGAGUCCUCAAAGAAAUCCUCUGCUCAUUGUGCAAACACAGGAGCGUCCCGAUGACAGUGACUUAAAACGCUUCAUGAGCUGGAAAUAAUUGUUGACCCCGGUGGACGUGAUGUAGGAAAGUCUGUCGGACGUUUUUGGCUUUGAAUGUUUUUCCUUCUGUUUGGAAUUUCAGGUUUUCUCCUGUGUGUUGUGAUAACAAGCAUCAUCUUUAUGCUUUAACCUUCAUCUAAAAGGACCUCAUUGUUUUUGGCUGCAUUUGUCUGUUUGGCUGUGAGCAUGUUGAGGAUGGAUUUUGAUUACAUUUCACACGGAUGUUGGUGAUGGUUUUUGGUCACGAGCUGGUCACGGAUUUUGAUCAGAAUUUAGUAGUUAAAAUGUGAGAGAGUUCAGUGUAAGGACACUGUGGGGAACUGAGUGGCCCUGGCAAAGGGAAAUAAAGUUUUCUACUUUAUGAAGUACAGACAGGACACCUCAUAAAGCGAGGUGUUCCUCUGCUGUCGCUCAUCGGCUUCAAGGUUUGCCUCGUACAGUUUGUCAGUGAUGGUCUUCUGCAUACCGUGGUUAUUUAAAUUACCGUUGUCUUUCUAUCAUUCAUUCCCUUCUGGCUUUGUUGAUGCUGCUCAUUGGAUAUUUUGAACUCUUGACUGGAUUAAUCUGGAUUUAACAGGUUUUAACUGGUUUAACAUAAACGUGUUUCAGAGUGCUAUCAAAGUUUAAAUUAACUGGUAACCAGUGGUUUCAGUCUCUCUUCAAUACUCCUGUCUGUCAAAGUCAUUUAAAUCAUCAUUCUUCCCCAUCGGGACGUUUGGGAUGAACUUGAUCAGGUUGUGUUGACCAUGUCUGCGUGCCUGAAUGCACACAGUCGCUGUGGAUAGUUGUGUUUACUGACAGUUAAAUGGUUUAGUGAGUGUAUGUUGUACUAAUUGAUGAACUUGAACCUCAUUCCUUAUUUACAUGGUUGGUUAAUGUGUGUGGGUUUUAGUCUUCCUCGUUUAGUUAAAAGCAGCAGUCCAACCUUCACCUGACUUUAUGGCUGUUGCUCAGUAACCUGCUUCUCUAUUGCCCACGUAUUAUAAUCCCAUAUAAAUAUGAACACUUUCAUGUUGGAUCGAAAACAUAGACGAGGAAUGUCAUUCCAGGAAGCUGACAAACAUUUGUCAUUGUUCUUUGCUGUUCAUCAUUCACCUAAGGUGACUGGCAGAGCUACUUUGAGGCAGCGAUUCUUUCCUUAAUAAAUAGUAGGAAAGGCACUAACUCCUUCCUAAAGCCCUGGCAUUGAUUGAAGUGGAAAAGACUCCGUCGGCACUAAAGAGGAGCCGCGGAGCAGGCGGGAGUGAUUGAUUCAUCUGGCGUGAAUGGAGGAGCGCCGUCGACGCGGCUCAAUAUCAUCAGCCACGUCUAGCGGGGCGAGGGAGAACAAACAAGGAAGCGCAUGUCAAGCAGAUAGAUGAGGACUGCGAGGGAGGCUGCGGCGCGGCAGCUGUUUUUUGGAGAGAUAAGAGGGAAACGCGGGGGCCUGAGGCAGCACAGAGACAGAAGACCAGAAGAAAAAAGAGUCGUGUCCAUCUCCACAUACAGUGGCAGCAGUGAUAUCCUAUUGGUAAGGAGGUCUUCUCCUUACCAAAGUAGGCGUUUUGUAGGCAUGGUACAGUAAGAACUCUUAAGAUUUCACGUAAGUGACUUGAAAGUCCAUUGCCCAGUAAUGCCGAUAAAAACCGUGUGCAUUGCAGAGUUAUUUGACCCGGGAGUGAAUGCUGAUCAAACACAUUCCCACUUGUCGAGUAACCCAUUUAAUACCUGGUUUGAACUCGUUCUGACCAGUGGGAACGGCACAGGAGGGAUUUAUGUUGAUUCCUCAAGGGGGGAGCCUGCAUUUCUUAUCCAGCCAUUCCAUCUUAUUUAAGAUUCUCACUUUAAAGGUCCAGUGUGUAACAUUUAGGAGAAACUGGAUAUACUAUGUUUGUGUAAGUGUAUAAUUGCUUAAAAAUAAAAAUAAUUGUUUGGGUUUUGUAGCCGCUGGAUAAGCACCACCAUGUUUCUUCAGCAGUCCCGUUUUGCAUUUUGAAGCGAAGCCUUUCUACGCAAAUGAAGAACGAAAGAAGAUCCUUUCUGGUAUGCAGAGGCCACCGUACUUCCCUGACACUUAGGAAAGCAUUAGAUUUAUAAUAUUCUUUGUUAAUGUCAAUAAUGUGUGUCUAUUUCCUCUGUAUCCGUAAGCUUUCAGAAAAUGCUAAAUAUGGACAUUCAUAAUAAAGCAUAAUUUUGGCAA